GAAACCUCUUCAACAAGUUUCAAGUGAUAGCAUUGAGGCUAAUGUUGAGGGCGUGGAGUAGUAUGAGGGCGCUGAUAUAGCGAGUAAAACUAUCUAACUUAAUCCAAAGGUUUAUAGACCAAGGACAGGACAUGACAUAAAUCACAGUAUUAUCGUUAUAUUUCAGCAGAAAGUUGAGGUGGUAUUUACUGUUCACUAUGGCUACGCGAGAUACACGGCAGUACCGAAUGAUUAUCAAGAAAGAGCAAGACGAUGAUUCUGAUACAGAGGAGUCGAAUAUUUCAUUUAAAAAACUUGAUGGACGUGAGUCACAAAUCAUCCACAGCGGUCAUUUUAUGGUAUCUUCUCCUCAUACCGAUCACCCCCCGAAGAAAGGUUACGACUUCGACACUGUUAAUAAACAAACCUGCCAGACGUAUCAUUUCGGAAAGACUAGCACAUCGCAUCUCUCCAUCGAUGCUUCUCUGACAAAGCUCUUUGAGUGCAUGACCCUUGCUUACAGUGGGAGGUUGGUGUCACCAAAAUGGAAAAACUUCAAAGGUCUCAAGCUGCUGUGGAGGGACAAGAUUCGCCUCAACAAUGCUAUUUGGAGAGCCUGGUAUAUGCAAUAUGUAGAGAAGAGACAGAAUCCUGUUUGCCAUUUUGUCACACCUUUGGAUGGCAAUAUGGACUCAGGAGUACAUCGACCAACAGAGGCAAUAGCGACAGAAGGGAAGUACUGGAAAAGGAGAAUUGAAAUCGUCAUCAGAGAGUAUCAUAAGUGGAGAACAUACUUCAAGAAAAGGUUACAGAAGCACAAGGAUGAAGACCUUUCCAGCCUUCUCAAGGGGGCAGAGGAACAGUUUUCACUCUUUGGGGAAGUGUGUCCAGACACCUGCCGUGUCCCCUUCUGCCAGGAUGAGGAUUUCAUUGGGGGAGGUCGUCACAGUCGCGAUUCCCCUGUUCCAAUGGAGAUGGACUCCCUCUUUGACAUGGAUGUGCUCAUGUCUGAGUUCUCAGACACACUCUUCUCGACAUUGGCCUCUCAUCAACCCGUUCCCUGGCCCAAUCCCAGGGAGAUUGCCCACGCAGGGAAUGCAGAUAUGAUCCAGCCUGGCCUCAUCCCUCUGCAGCCCAAUCUGGACUUCAUGGACACCUUUGAGCCUCUACAAGAUUUGUUUCACACCCUGCGUCAACCAGUUUUCCCCUCCACCUCCCCCAAUGCCCCACCAGUCACUCCCUUAACCAGCAGCAGCUCCCAAACACAGCCUCCCUUGCUUUCCUCCAUGCCGCUCUCCACAGAUGCCAUGCCAUUGGACUAUCGCCUCAUUCCCUCUGCUCCACUGGCCAGCCAUCUCUCAGCAACCAAUCAGGACAUUGGUAACUCUGUUGGCUCCUCCUACCAACAGAGCUACAUGCGUCUGUUCUCGGAGCAAGUGACACCUCCUGCCCCGGCUCUCAUGCCACCACCAGCCCCGUCCCUCCCUCCAACCCCCCACCCUCCCCAGUGUGGAGGUGUUUCUACAGUCACCACAGCUACCCAGCCCACCCCAAGCAUCCCACCUCCAUCCGUAAAAACGCACACCGCUCCUUCCAUAGUAACGCCCACUGAUGCGGCCACUACCUUAAGUCACAGGUCAAGCUUUGAGCUGCCUGGUGCACCAUCUCCACAGCCUGUGGCCUCAGCCCCUGCCUCACAGCCACUGAACUUUGCCUUGCCCAAACCCAUCCAGACCCCUGUCUCUAGUAAAAAGACCCGACACCCACAGAGACCAAUUGUCCCAGCCAAUCCACUGCCCUCUCCUCAGCUCAUACUCACAGGUCCUACCAGAGCUGUCAUUGUUACUCCGUCCCCUCUCAACACUGAUGUUGUCCCCACCACUGGUGUGGUCAUUGCCUCCUCCAGUAUUCCUGGUGAGAAUGCUGACCCUGCUCUUUUGCAUACAUUGAAGGUGAAUGGUGACCAGGGGCUGUCAAGCUCCAAAAAUGACGGAAAGCACCAUAAAUCUGGUAUAAUAGCUUUGGGAGACCACAAGAGGGCGAUAUACCAUUUACUGAAGCCGGUCACGAUCACACACAAGUACACACACACAGGACAAGCUGAUGCGGCGCAGAUGGCAGUCCAAAGUUACAAAGGUUUUUGUACUUCAAGAAAGAAGAAAGUGACAUGGAUGAGUUUGCAGGGAUCUGCUGGUUUUCACAUUCUUCCUCAAACACAGAAGUCUCCUCAGCUAACCGUGCCCAAGGAAGAAACCUCUACAACUUUAUCCAACAAGACAUCGGCACAGUCAUCAAGUACAGCACAUGAUGAACGACGAGUCUCUGGUCAAGGGUCACCAUUAGGAUCAGAACAGGUGCCAAGCCCACAGUCACCUCUGAGUAGCAGCAGCACAGGCUUGGCCAAGAACGAAGCCAGUCAGAGUCGCAGAGUGAAUCACAUAUCUGCUGAGCAGAAGAGGCGAUUCACCAUCAAUGUUUGCUUUAAGACGCUGUGCAGUCUUGUGCCGACUCUCAAGUCUCAAUCAAAUAUUAGUAAUGCUUCAACACUCCAGAAGACCGUUGAUUACAUUGGCAAACUGCAGCUAGAGAGACAACAGAUGCAGGAAGAGACCAAGAGACUGAGAGAGGAGAUUGAGGAGCUUAACACAUCUAUAAACUUAUGUCAGGAGCAGCUUCCUGCCACGGGGGUGCCCAUCACAAGCCAUCGCUUUGACCACAUGAGAGAGAAAUUUGAGGACUAUGUGAAAAACAGAACUCUACAGAACUGGAAAUUCUGGAUUUUCAGUGUUAUUAUUCAACCCUUGUUUGAGUCAUUCAACGGAACUGUAUCUACCACCAACCUCACAGAGCUGUGUGAGACCACAAUGCAGUGGCUAGAUCGUUACUGUGCCCUUCCAGUGCUUAGACCUAUGGUACUCAGGACAUUACGGCAGCUCUGUACCAGCACCUCCAUCUUGACCGAUCCUUCGCUUUUACCUGAGGAGGCCAGAAAGUCUGUUCUUAACCCAAAGAAACAUUUCUCAGGAUCUCAGCCUUAACAUGAUUUGAACCAGUCUUACCUAGGCAUAUCAGUCUUGUACAACAUCUGCAGGAACCUUAACAACACCUUAUGCCUUAACACAUCUUGUGCUGUGGUCAGAUCUUUGCUGUGUUGUUAUUCAGCUGUCUUUUGGAUGGAAGAGGUGGAAAUGCCUCUACUUUUAAUUAAAUCUGUUAAUGGAAGUGUCGCUGAAAUGAAAUCCUUUCAGCUACAUGCUCGUAUCACUUUUUUUAUAUGAUUCUGUCACAUACAGGAAGGAUACUUCAUAGAUAUAGAAAGGCCAUUUAGGACCUGCCUUAAAAAGACAGUACUUAAGAGAACAAUCUUUUUAAACGAAUAGUAAUAAAAACAACCUGCCAUUCUUUGCUGUACGUACCCUCAUGUCGUUACAAAUCUGUAUGAUUGUUUUUUCUGUGGAACACAAAAAAUAUGUUGAAUCUUCACAGACUUUUUUUUUUUUUUUUUUUUUUUUUUUUUUUAACAAUUCAUAGUGACCAUGUCUGUCAAGCUCCAAAAAAGACAAUGUCAUUCUGUGUCUGCAUUCAGAUUCAAAAAUUGCGUCAUGCCAGGUUUGGCUUCAUAGACGGCAAACAUCAUUAGUCUCACAUGUCGUAACUGAACAAGACACACCAGUUUGAAUAUGUAGAAUUCAGAAUUAAAUUUGAGAGCUGCAGUGAAGGGAAAGAUUUUCAGUGAAUAGUGACAUAAAAUUCAGUCUGUUCCUCACAUGAAGCUACCAUAUCGCUUCAGAAGGCUCUAAUUACAGUCGUAUGGACUACUUUUAUGGUGCUUAUUUUGUGCUUUUUAUUUAUUUUUACGUAGACUAAGUAAUGUCAUUUUAUAGAAAAGAGUGGCGUAAAUAUUCUCUAGUACCUUCUCUUUUGUGUUCCAUGGAAGAAGAAAAAAACAACUAAUAGGUUUGGAAGAACAAGAGGGUAAAUAAUGGCAAUUGUUGUUUGUUUGUUUUUUUGGAGUGGUGAACUAUUUCUUAGUUUUUGCAUGAAAAUUGUAUUUUAAAAUGAAGCACACCAAAGGCAAUCUCUUAUGUUUACAUUCAUCCUACAACACAGCUGUCACACCUAUCUCUAAGCCCUUUGUGUUUUUAUAUGUGACUUAAAUGUGAUUCAUUAGUGCUGCUGCCUUUCAACUUGUUUAAGGACCUUUUGACUUUGCUUCUCAGGGUGUGUUUCCAUAUAUGUGAGUGUCUUCCAUAUUUGAUAUUAUCUGAUUAAUCAAAACUGUUUUGAAACCUUUGUUCCUCAGUUCACUGAAAAACUGAGACACCACUUACAAAUAUAUGGAUCAAGGCUACAUCAGAACUUUUCGAAGCAUGGACAGAUGCAUGGACUUGUAAAAAGCAUCAGCUUACAGUAUAUGAAUAUAGAAUUACAGCCAUUAUUCAUAUUCAUAAUGCAUGCUUGUUCAAGCAUGGAAACAGAUGUGGACUACUUAUAAUGCACUUGUAUGCAUUUGAAGGCUGCUUCAAAUUCAGAGAUGGGAUGAUGCUUUUUUUUCACUUCAUGUCUUGAGGUUUGCUAGUUUUUGUUAAGUAAAAUGUUGUCUCAAUUUACCUGUUGUUUCAAACAUGUAUGUCCUGGCCAAAUUCCCCCCAUUGUCCCUUCUCAAUCAUGGCCUCCUAAUAAUCCCCAUCCAUUAAUUGGCUCUAUCACUCUAUUCUCUCCUCUCCACCAAUAGCUGGUGUGUGGUGAGCAUACUGGCGCACUAUAGCUGCCAUCGCAUCAUCCAGCCAGAUGCUGCACACUGGUGGUGGUUGAGGAGAGUCCCCUGUUGACUGUGUAAAGCGCUUUGAGUGUAGUGUCGAAAAAGCGCUAUAUAAAUGUAACGUUCAUUCAUACCUUUCUUUUUUCAGUGGAACACAAAAGAUACAUUUGUGUAGAAUAUCUUGUCUGCUCUUUCCCAUAUAAUGAAAUUGAAUGGGGUCCAUUAAGUUCCACAGUGACAAAAAAGCAAAAUUAUAAAAAUGUCUAUAAGUAGUACAGAUUACUUCCAAAUUCCAAAUUUUUUGAAGCCAUGUACUAGCUUUGUGUGAAAAACCAGCUGAAUUUUUAUGCGUUGCAGCUUUCUAAUAAAAUAUGGCGCCAUUGAUGUUAAUGACAUUCACGAGACAUGCGAGAACCAGUGCUGUUUGCCACAAGUUUUUGUUGUCUAUUUCAGAGCUUUGGCAAAGGUUUUCAGGGAAAGCGGAAGAUCUCUUCCUUGCAAAAAACAACAAAAAUGUUUUAUGACUUUAGAAGUUUGGAAUAUACAGCUUGUAUCGAGAAUAUAGAGUAACAUAGAUUACCAGGCUAUUGACCUUUUGUAUUCCACUGAAGAAAAUAAGUAACACUGUUUUGAGGGUGAGCAAAUGAUGACAGAAUUUUCAUUUGGGGAUGAAGUAUUUCCCUCAAGUCAUCUGAUCAUUCAUUCAUCAGUCAUUUUCAUACUUAAAAAAAAGUAACAAUAGGCUGAUUAUUGAUGUGUUUCUUUUCAUAUACCAUUCUUAUCUUGAUUAAACUGCUUAGGGGUUUGCUUGUGGUCUCCUAGAGGAUAAUGUUGUCAUGAGCUCAAACUAAUGGCCCACACGUCUAAAAUGUACUGCUGUGGCAUUAAAUUCUGUCAUUGGAUGUGAAAAAGUUUAUUUCCCUGAAAAACUCCUGACACCUUUCGGGAGAUGAAUACAUCCGUACCAAUAUUUUUCACAACACUGCAUUUUCUGGUGAAAAAUCUGUCAUCCUGCAGGCUAUGUUCCCAAUAAAUAAAAAUACAUUUGUUUUUAAA